AUGGAAGCUAUUUUCCUCACCAUAACUCGAGUACAGUUUGACCAAGGACCAUCACGCAGUGUGAUAAGAAAUCCUGACCUCGUUGUUGCUAUAGACGUUGGUAGUACUUACUCAGGUUAUGCCUGGCAAUGGCGGUCAGCAUUCAAGGCCAACAAAGCCAGCGUGGAGUUCAACACUGAUUGGGGACAGGGUGCUCCUCAGUUGCAUAAGACGAAUACUGCCUUGCUGUUGAAAAGGACUUUUGAUAGAACUGCGGAAACUUCUGUUGAGAACCCUGCUAAAAUAAAGACAGAAAUUGUUGCGUUCGGUUAUGCCGCGGAGCGAAGAUGGGCGAACAUUUGCAGCCAUUCGGAAGAGAAGAAGGAUAAAGAAUCGUAUUUUCUUUACAAGAAAUUUAAACUGCAGUUAUAUCUUCUGAAGCCGAAUCAAUUCGAAGGAGAUGUGAACAUUGAAGACGCAGAAGGUCGAAUGGAUCCACUAAAGGAAAUUAUGACACUGUUUAUCCAAGCUUUAAGAGAGGAUUUUCUCAAAAAGAUGAAAACGAGAGGACUAAGUUUGGAAGAUGGGAAGUUUCUAUGGGUCGUCACUGUGCCAGCUAUUUGGUCGGAAAAGGCAAAACAAUUCAUGAGAGAUGCUGCAGAAAAGAGCGGCAUAGGAAAGAGGAAUCUCUUACUUGCGUCUGAGCCCGAGGCUGCUACAAUUUAUUGCCUUAACCUUCCCUCGGAGCAGAAAUCGGCCAUGCACGAUGCAUUUAUGCCGGGCCGCCGAUUCCUUACCGUUGACCUCGGAGGCGGAACGGCUGACUUAUCGGCUGUGGAAGUUCUCGGUGAUGGUUCGUUGAAGGAGCUGUGUUAUGUGCAGGGCCAAUUAGUGGGCGGACAAAAUGUCAAUGAAGCAUUCCUACAGUCUUGUCAUGAAAACUUUGAAGGUGUGUUCUGGAAAAAAUGCUUUAUGGAUGCAAACCCACUGUACUUACUCAAGAUGGAGCAUGAAUUUGAACAAAUGAAAGUUGCCAUUGGUAACGAAAGUCCAGUUGACGAAUUAAUUACUAUCCCAUUACCAAAGACAGUGCUGAAGGGCAUUACAACCAAAUCCAUUAAACUCAAUCCAAAGAAAGACAAAGGAUUCGAAGCCGAAGAUGAUGAACUUCAGUUCCGAUCAAAAUAUAUCAGAGACUCAUUAUUCCAGCAAACCUGUCACCUCAUCUUUGAUGCAGUAGACCGCGUACUGCAGCAAAUGGAAUCCUCUGGCAUACAAGCCGUGGUCUUGGUAGGGGGAUUCGCCGAAUCCUCGAUUGUCCAAGAAAAUGUUAGACAAAUGAUACAAGAAAAAUACAGGAAUAUGGACGUCGUUGCACCGACCUCGCCUUUCAAAGCGGUUCUUAUGGGCGCUGUUAUGUAUGGACACGACAUGUUUAUUUACAAAAGCCGAAUUAGUAGAGCGACCUACGGUGUAGGCACCAACUCCACUUUCGAUGACAAAACACAUGAUCCAUCAAAGAAAUGGUACCACGAGGAAGAAGGAAAAUACUAUUGUAAAGAUAUAUUUUCCGUGCAUGUCCGCAGAGGGGAUUCGGUGUAUCUAAAUGACAAGUCCACGAUUGAAAGGAACUAUUUUCCAAUGUACAAAAAGCAAAAGACUGUUCUGUUUAAUUUAUUUGAAACAUCGGACCACUGCAUUGACAAGGAAGCGGUGCAUUACACAACCGAUCCGCUGACGAAAAAGGUCGGCGAAAUCGAAGUAGAGUUGCCCGAAUCCGAGGAUUCAACCAAGCAAGAAGUGUGCGUACAGAUGAUCUAUGGAGGCACCCAGCUGUCUGUCAUUGCCAAAGAGAAUACAUCUGGCAAGGAAUACAAUGCUGAUAUCAAAUUUGACUCUGCGUAGUUAGCUACUACUUAAUGUAGCAGUUAGUUGAAGACAAUAUACAUGCUUGCUUUGCCAAACCCGCAGAGACUGUUUUUCCAGUGAUAACUGAAUUACAGUACUAUUUAACCUGAUUAGAGAGAAAAUUUUGAUAUUUAAUCAUUUGUUCUUACUACUAACGUUGCUUGAUCGUGGCGAAAGAUGAUAGCUUAAGGAAACCACUCUCUUAUUGGAUAUAAGAAUGGAAAGAAGUAUUGUAAUCGUUAACCACGACCAUUUAUAAACAACCAUAGUGGUUUUGCAAAAUGUUAGGCCAUCUGUACUUUUUCCCGGAUGUCGUUUAUUGUGUUUACUCGUUGUUGUAAGGAAUUUUAAUAUCAGUUUUCAAUCUUAUUAAUCAAUAUCAUUCUAAUUUUAGCAUAAGUGCACAUUGCUAUUAUUGGCAUGUAUUUAUUUUUAUUUGUAAAAGAUACAGGUAAUGUCUUAUGAAAUUCAUACAGUUUCAAAAUAUUUUAAAUGUUCAUGGCCGGAUUAUGUUUUAUGGCAUUCCCAACAAAUCUCUUACGAAUGUAUGCAGCUGAGCGUCUUUUAUCAUUUCUAUACCAUGCCAGGUAUUAUUUGUAGGUUUUUAUUGUUUCUACGUAUGUUUUUUAUUUCGUAUGUUUUGUUCCGGUUAUGGGAUAUUUAGAUUAACAUUGGGGCUAAUCUAAGUUUUCAGAGUUAAUAUAUUCAACGAGAGCUGGCAAGUGUUUUAAGACUAUUAGCUAUUCAGCGGACCAAUUACGUCAUAUGUAUUUAGCCUUAAUCACGGACAAUAGUAUGUGUUUAUAGCAUAACGCUUCAAUUCAAAUAUUGGUAACAAUAGCAUGUUGUAUACAAACAGAUUAAGUAUUAAGUGAUUAAUGAAAAUACCGGAAAUUUAACUAUGUUGUAUGAAUUGUAUAUCUCUGUUGAUAUCAUUUGAAUAUUGUGCCUAUAUAUAUGCAAUGCUCUCUUCGUUUGAAUUAAUA